AGUGAGGGGCGAGCGGGCAGCGGGACCCGGGCGCUGCCAUGGCGACGGCAGGGAGCGGACCGGGUCAGAGGUCAGGCGCCUGCGCGGUCCUCGGCCAUCUUGGCAGCGCAGCGAGCGCGUCCUUCAGGGCGGCCGAGGAGAGGAGAGGAGAGGGCCGGACCGGUGACCUCCUCCUCCUCCUCCUCAACCCGCAGGGAUGGAGCAGUGAGAAGGGGAAGCGAUGGCGGCGGCGGCGGCCUCGGCCUUCAAUGCCAAGCGAGCGGCGGGAGAGCGGCAGGCUGAUGACUUUAAAAAGAACCAACAGGUUUCAAACCACACUACGUAUAAUGGAAUGGAGGAGGAGGUGAAAGCUUUUCUUAUUAAUGAAGAGCAGUUGCACACUUUUGAUGACCUCACGAAAGUCAACCCAGUAACUACUGCCACAGUUUUAAAAUGCUUGCAAGCAAGAUAUGCAACCAGCCUGUUUUACACACACGCGGGUUGUACCCUGGUGGCCCUUAAUCCGUUCCAGCCUGUACCUAACUUGUAUUCCUUCAACAUUAUGAGAGAUUAUCACACAGCAUCUCGGCCUCAGGACUUGCAACCCCACAUUUACAUAGUGGCUGAACUAGCCUUCAGGAAUGUCCAGGGCCAGGUGGAGCCAAUUAACCAGUCCCUAAUAGUCAGUGGGGAGAGCGGUGCUGGAAAGACAUGGACAUCACGUUGCCUUAUGAACUACUUUGCCACCGUUGCUGCCUCGUCCACCUCUGCUAAGUGCCAGGAGCACGUGGAAAGGAUCGAAAAGCGAGUUCUUGACUCCAACCCAGUGAUGGAGGCAUUUGGAAACGCUUGCACUUUACGGAAUCACAAUAGCAGCCGAUUUGGGAAAUACAUCCAGCUGCAGCUAAACAGGUCACAACAACUGGAGGGAGCCUCUGUACACACCUACCUUUUGGAGAAAACUCGAGUCGCUUAUCAAGCUCCGUCCGAGAGAAACUUUCACAUCUUUUACCAGAUCAUCAAAGGAGCCACUCAGGAGCAGAGGUCAGAGUGGAAUCUGUCCAAAACAGCAGAAUUUGUCUGGUUACCAAACGUUGCAGAGACUUUAGAAGAAGAGCAACUUGAGGAGACCAAAGCUGCGAUGCUGCAUCUGGGCAUCGACAAUGACAAGCAGGACCAGGUGUUCAGGAUUCUAGUAGGUCUUCUAAACCUCGGCAACGUGGGCUUCAGCUCCCCUGCGGAUGAGUCUCAGCCGUGUGAGCUGAAGGAAGACACUAAAGGUUUCCUUAAAACGACCGCGAAGCUGCUGAGGGUGUGUGAGGAGGAUCUGGGGGAACAACUUAGGGUGCGGACCAUCACAGCAGGCCGACAGCAGCAGGUCUUUAAAAAGCCGUGUUCCAGAACCGAGUGCGGGACGAGGCGGGACUGCCUGGCCAAAGUCGUGUACGCAAAGUUGUUUGACUGGCUGGUAAAGGUCAUAAACACCUCUAUAUGCUCAGAUCCUUCCACGUGGACCAAUUUCAUAGGUCUGUUGGACGUUUAUGGAUUUGAGUCGUUCCCACAGAACAAUCUGGAGCAGCUUUGUAUUAACUACGCCAAUGAGAAACUGCAGCAGCACUUUGUGGCCCAUUAUCUCAAAGCACAGCAGGAGGACUAUACUGCAGAAGGCCUGGACUGGUCCUUUGUUAGGUACCAGGACAACCAGAGCUGCCUGGAUCUGAUUGAGGGGAGUCCCGCCAGCGUGUUCUCACUGUUAAAUGAGGAGUGCCGCCUCAACAGGCUUUCAGAUGCCGACCAGUUUAAGGGUCGCCUUCAGAAAGCUUUGGGGGCCAACAAUUGCAUGAGCUGGGAUGUGUUCAGCAAAGUCCCUCAUUUCACAGUGGCUCAUUACGCAGGGAGGGUCAGCUACCAGAUCGAGGGAAUGACAGAGAAAAACAAGGAUCCUGUCCCACCAGAACUGGUGCAGUUGUUGCAGAAGUCACAGGAUGCCUUGCUGAAGCAGCUGUUUCCUGUUGCAGAGCAAGACCUGUGCGAUGCCAAAGCUCUGAGCAAAGCCAUUUCGGUGGUGGCCAAAUUCAAGGGCUCACUGGAAAGCCUGAUGCGUAUUUUGAACAGCACCACCCCUCGCUACAUCAGGUGCAUAAAGCCGAACGGGGAUUGCAAGCCACAUCUCUUCAGGUCACAGGAGGUUCUGACACAGCUGGAAGCCUGCGGUAUCGUCGAAACAAUCCACAUCAGUGCCGCUGGUUUCCCUGUCAGAAUCCUGUACCGACCAUUUUUGGAGCGCUAUGAACUUUUGAGCAAAAGCCAAACACUGCAUGAACAAACGCUGCCUAGGCUUAACCAAGGACCUCCCGCAAAGCGGAGGAAAGGUUCACUGCCCACAGGCGGUACCACUGAGGAGCCGAGUACCAUCGUGCAAGACCUUCUUGUCAAUGUUCUUGUUGGCCAGAAUGCUGCUGUCUCAUCCUUUCACAAUCCAGCUCCAAGCGGCCCCUGCAGCUCAGUGGUACAUUGUGGCAAAACUAAAGUCUUCAUGACGCACGGUGUACUUGAACAACUGGAAUGUGCGAGGAGUCAAAUGCUCUCGCACAAGGCAACGUUUAUACAGAGCAGCUGGCGGCACUACCGGCGCAGGAAGUUGGCACGACUGAGGCGAGCGACAACCGUGCUCCAAGCAGCUGUCAGGUCAUGGCUGACAAGACGGUGGAUUAAGAAGUGUCAUUAUGCUGCUACGGUGGUGCAGCAGGCUUGGAAAAGCUGGAAAGUCAGAAUGGAAACCUUGGCCGCAGCAGAAUUGGACGACACAAGCAACUUUGAAGAGGAAAUGGCAUGGCUUCCUGGUUCUCCAGUUUGUUCCCAGAAUCUUUCGUCGAGCAAACCUUCCCAAAGUACUCUGAAACAGGAUUUAAAGCUACGCUCGUGGCCCCUGGGUCUCAUCCUGUCCUCUGCACCGUUGACUGCAUUGACAUUCACUGUGAGUGGGACUGUUCGGGCUCUCGCUCGGUCGGCUUGUUUGAAGGUUCAAUGGGGGCGAAUAAACCAUAAACAAGAACCCAAUCAGUCUGGCUGUGACCUGGUCUCCAUUCGAGCGCUGCCUCAGAUAAGGAUAAAAUUCCGUUGCAAGAGAUCACCGUUGCAUUACGCCGACAUUUGUCCAGAAAGCUACAAGUGUACAAUCAAUGGCCUCAACCAGAUUUUGUUGGAAAAGACGUAAAGUGCAUCUACCAUUCAACCACACAUCACCGCAAGCCUUUCUCUGCCACAAGACCAGCUCCGACCAUAAUCUGAUUAACCUCGGAUAAGAAUCACUUUGUUCAUCAACAUUCAUUUGGUACAUUAAGGUUUGAAUAAGCUGUACCUAAGGACUGUGUAUCUAUGUGCAGUGCUAGCAUGUGACUCAUCAAGUCCACUUCUAAGUGAUUAAUCAAUUAGAAGCAAGAUUUUAUAGAACACUUAAUACAACUUUGUGGCAUACUGGGAACUUGAGAGACUCAUCAAUUACGUUGCAGGGUUACUCUGCCUUUCUGUUACAUCACAGCAGCACACACAAGUUAAGACUCCAAGGUGUAUCAUGCUGCCUUUACGAUAAAUGUAUUGCAAUUAUUAUUUUAAUUACAAGUAUCAAAAAUUAAUGUUAUGCAAAUAAGUGCCAAUACCUCAGGGCAGGUAAUUUGAACAAAAUCUACAAUUCAUGUAUACAGUAUUUAUAGGAACACUAGUUACUUUUAGUCUCGUCUUUUCCAAAGAAGUCUUUGCGCAAAACCUGUAUACGGUUUCUAAUGGGAGAAACUCUUCAAACUUUCAGGUGCAUCUUAAACAAUAAGGGAAAUGGUUGUACAAUUUUCUUUUAGCUUCCCUCAGUCCACACUGAAUCAGCUGACAACCAAAAUAACACUACCUGGGUGUGUUUUUAUAUUGGGGGAGAAAGUGAUUUUAACUUUAAAAUUCUGUUACCUCUGAUCAAGGAAAUCAACCUUUUAUUGUUCAGCACAAACACUACCUAAGCCUCGCACAAGGAAGAUUCCAAGGUGCUGUCUCCCAUUCGAUUUCCAUCUGGACUAUGCCAUUCAGCCUUAAUAAUUCCUUUGUCCAAGGGCUACUGUAACACAGGUGAAAUUAAUUGGACAGCGAUCCACUCUAUUUUUGUCCCAAGGGCAGGAUCAGAUAAAGACUGCAAACUCCUUCACUUUAUUUUUGUUAUCGAUGUGGCUUCAUGACAGCUGACAUGAGGUCCUAUCUGUUGUCUUUCCUUUCUUGACUUGGAGCUGCCUCUCGCACACUGUGCUGAAGUGAUAGUUGUGACAAUGCUCCUUGAUUGGUGCUGGAUACUCUGGGGGAAUUGCUGGGGUAUUAUUCAGAAAGUAAUAUACUAAUCUUUUCAUUCAUGUAAUCACAGAAUGUAAAAUUCUAAAUUGAUUACACAUUCAGGAAUACUUGCUUUAUCCCUGCAUAUAAACUGAGAACCUUUUAGAACUAACAUUUAAUAGAAUACUUAUAAAGAAUUUGUAUUUUAAACUGACCAUAUAAACAAUAUGCUCUGAACAACUCACUGACCAGUUCUACCAGAAAGAUAACGAGACAGUGAGAACUUGCACUCAGUGUUAAUCUUUUGAUUUGAAUAGAAUUAUUUUUAGAAAACACUACUUGGGCAUUUUUUUUUUUUUUUUGCAUCUGUGCUGUUUUAUCAGUCCAAAGCCAUGGUACAAUUCAGAGUACAAGUGCAGCUAGGACAACCACAGGAGAUUGGGCUUUGGCUCACAGGGAUGAAUGUCUCAUUGAUGACAUUAUGGCUUUUUGUAAUUGCUUAUAGAUUGCAGGCAAAAUAGUGUGAAGCUGCUGACUUGUUUAUGAACAACAUUGCACUUUGUCCACAUGCAGCAAACAUUAAACCUUAUUGGUCAGUCAUACUGUCAAUUCAAAUCAUGCAGCUGCUACCAAACAAGGGGAUCUGUUUCAAAACUGUUACACGUUUUAUUUAAAACUUGAACAGAUGUAUUUAUGUACUGAAUCAUCUAUUUUAAAUGAAGCUGUUUCUAUGUAAAGUGAAAGUGUUUGAUUUGAGGAAUUAAACAUUGCAUAUGUA